CCUGUAGGGGGGUUCUGCGGCGCAGGCAGGGGCAAGGAGGAACCCGCAUCCCGAGGAACAAAGGAAAGAAGGAAGCUCCCCUUCCCAAGGAUGACACUAAACACUCAGCAGCAAGCAAAGACCCCCCUAUGUCGGCGAGCCAGCACUCCACUGCCCCUGUCUCCCUGGGGCCACCAGCCUGGCCUCCUGGGCACAGCACCUUCUUCACAAUCCCAGCAUCCCCGACUGGGCCAGUCAGCCUCCCUCAACCCUCCCACCCGGCAACCUUCACCUGCCCCCAAUGGUUGGUCCUCUGAAUCCAGCGACUCUGAAGGUUCCUGGGAAGCCCUCUACCGCGUGGUACUGCUUGGAGAUCCUGGCGUAGGGAAGACCAGCCUGGCAAACCUCUUUGCAGGAAAGCAAGAGCGGGACCUCCAUGAACAGCUGGGAGAAGAUGUGUACGAGAGGACCCUCACGGUGGAUGGAGAAGACACCACGCUUCUGGUCAUGGACACUUGGGAGGCUGAGAAACUGGAUGAAAGCUGGAGCCAGGAGUCGUGCCUGCAGGUGGGCAGCGCCUACGUCAUCGUGUACUCCAUCGCGGACAGGGGCAGCUUCGAGAGUGCCUCUGAGCUCCGCAUUCAGCUGCGGCGCACACAUCAGGCAGACCACGUGCCCAUCAUCCUGGUGGGCAACAAGGCAGACCUGGCCCGCUGCCGGGAAGUCUCUGUAGAAGAGGGACGCGCCUGCGCUGUGGUGUUCGACUGCAAGUUCAUCGAGACGUCCGCCACCCUGCAGCACAACGUGGCCGAGCUCUUCGAAGGCGUGGUGCGCCAACUGCGCUUGCGCCGCCGGGACUGCGCAGCCCGGGAGCCGCCCGCGCCGCGACGGCGGGCGAGCCUCGGUCAGCGCGCUCGGCGCUUCCUGGCACGCCUGACGGCACGCAGCGCUCGCCGCCGGGCGCUCAAGGCCCGCUCCAAGUCCUGCCACAACCUAGCCGUUCUCUGAAGCCGCCAGCCCUCCCAAGGGUGAUGGGACACUGGGAUGCAUUCUGAGCUGUACCAACGCCACCGAGGGGCAGCGUCGCAGUGGCUCGGAGUCCUCAUUGUGGGCCUUGCCGGCUCGCUGCCCCAACGGAUGGAGAAUCUCCCCGAGCCUCAACUUCAGGGACCCCUCUGCCCUCGGGAAACAAUGGACAGACUGUGGGACCAAAGCCCAAAUUGGGCACAGAAUAGAGUUUUUAUGCGGUGCGUGUCUUUUUGUAAAAAAAAAAAAACAAAAAAAAAAAAAACUUUUCUUGUCCUUGAGCUCUGGCCAACCCUCAGAACCAACCCCCCAAUAAACCAGACCAGAAGGAUA